AAAUGGGGGGAUUCUUGAAGCAGGGCAACAAGUUUUACUCAUGUAUCACCAAAAACAAGCCGUUAUACGCCUAACACUUGCAAGAACUUCAUUGUUAGCAUUAUCAAAAUGUCUGCUUGGUUGAGAUUUCCCUCAUUAGAUUAGAUUUGUUUAGCAACAUAAGAGGCAGGAGAGGCUUGGGUCAUUGGCUGAGUCAAAGCUCAAUUAUUUACUGUACUGUAACUGAAGCGAUGAGCCGAAAGAACCUUUUGAUGAUUUUGGAACCCUAAUGUCGGCUAACCUCCUCGCUCCAUUUUGCCUUUCAAUAGACUUAUAGCGCAUCCGCUGCGUCAUGGUUUGAGUAGUAGAACUUUAUGGCUGCUUUGACUGUCUCAUAUGACCAACCAUUAGCUGCCGCCAGUAAAGAUAAGAAAAGUCUCUUCUUUUGUUUUUUUGUAACUGAGGGAAGGGGAAGAAAAAUAGUGGGGUUUGGUCAACGCGGAAAUGCAUAGCUUGUCACCAGCAUUUAAUAUCUGAAAUGCAAAUUUCGUAUCACAAGAAAAGUCAACUUUGUGAUUGCGUAUCAUGCUCUUCCCAGACGUUACGUGUCUGAAGACUGGGUUCAUUUCAAGCUUGGAAAAGGAUUCUUAGACUAUCAUUCAGCUCCGCCGGUUUUGCCCGAACAAAUGUAUUCACCCAUCAAGGAACAUUUUGGCACAUCCUACAUUGGCAAUGGGUUUUUUCUCUCUCAUUUCUCUCUUUGCCCUUCCUUAUUUUGUUGUAGCUGCUUGAUACAAGCUCAGCAGCCUUAUGUUGGACGCAAAACAACAGACUGCACAAAUCCUGAUACUUCAGAUUCUGUUCUUGGAUACACCUGUAAUGGCUUAAACAGGAGUUGCCAAAGUUACCUGAUUUUCAGAUCCCAACCCUCAUUCAAUACCGUUGCGUCAAUAUCCAAUCUCUUGUCUUCUGACCCAUCUCAAAUUGCUGAGAUAAAUGAGGUUUCUGAGAGCGCGUCAUUUGAAACAAACCAGAUGGUGAUAGUUCCUGUCAACUGCUCAUGUUCUGGUGACUACUAUCAGGUAAACACAACUUAUUCUGUUCAGAGUGGGGACGGCUACCUUUUAUUUGCAAAUAACACCUUCCAAGCCCUCUCAACCUGUCAAGCUAUACAGAACCAGCAGCCUGAUAUUCCUUCGCAAAAUUUGACCAUUGGAUUGAGAAUAACGGUUCCUCUUAGAUGUGCUUGUCCCACAAAGAAUCAAACUGAUGCAGGAAUUAACUAUCUGUUAAGCUACCUAGUUGCUCAAGGUGAUACUGUUUCAGGUAUUAAGUUGUUUGGGGCAGAUACCGCGAGGACUCUUGAAGCUAAUGAGCUUUCCGAUCCCACCAUUAAUUUCUUCACUACACUUUUGGUUCCCCUUCAGGACCACCGUCUAAAACACAGUGCCCUCUCCACCCGCCCCCCCGCCUUCAUCGCCACUCCACCUCCUCCUCCCAGUGGAAGCUCAAACAAAACAUGGAUUUAUAUUCUUGUUGGUGUUGUUGGGGGAGGUGCUCUUAUAUUGGUUGUUGGCGCAGUGAUUUUUUGUGUGUUCUUCCGUAAAAGCAAGAAGAAACCUGAUUUGAUCAUCACCUCAGAAAGUUUUGAAGCUCAUGGAAAACCAUUGAAGAAAAAGUUGGAUGAUGAGUCCCAGGACUUCUUGGAUGGUAUGUCAAAUAUAGCUCAAUCUCUCAAUCUCAAGCUGUACAAAUUUGAAGAAUUGCAGGUUGCAACAGAUAACUUUAGCCCCAGCUGUCAGAUUAAAGGAUCAGUUUACCGCGGUGUAAAAAGUGAUUUUGCUGCUAUUAAGAAAGUACAUGGAGACGUCAAGGAGGUAGAAUAUUUGAACAAGGUCAACCACUCAAAUCUUAUUCGCCUUUCUGGAGUUUGUUUCCAAGAUGGCCACUGGUAUCUGGUUUAUGAGUAUGCUGUCAAUGGAGCAUUGAGCGAUUGGAUCUUUCACAACGACAACAGCGGAAAUUACUUAAGCUGGAAGCAGAGAAUUCAGAUUGCAUUAGAUGUAGCAACAGGACUAAACUACCUCCAUAGCUUCACCAAUCCUCCUCAUGUCCACAAGGACUUAAAAAGUAGUAAUGUUCUUCUUGAUGGUGAUUUCAGGGCUAAGAUUGCAAACUUUGCUCUUGCAAGGGCAACGGAAGGGCGUGAUGGCCAAUUUGCCUUGACAAGGCACAUUGUUGGGACAAAGGGUUACAUGGCUCCUGAGUAUUUGGAAAAUGGCUUAGUCUCCACAAAGCUUGAUGUUUACGCAUUCGGGGUUCUUUUGCUGGAAAUAAUAACUGGGAAGGAGGCUGCUGCAUUCUAUGGUGAGGAAUACAUGAACUUAUCAGACAUCUUAAGCAAUGUGAUUCACGAGAAAGAUGGACAGGAGAGUUUGAAGCAUUUCAUUGACCCCUUCAUGCUAGAGAAUUAUCCUUCAGAACUUGCCAUACUUGUUGUCAAGUUGAUAAAUACUUGCUUAAAGAAAGAUGCAACUGCUCGCCCAGCUAUGCAUGAAAUUGUGCAGUCCCUGUCAAGAAUUCUGACCACCUCAUCGAGGGAUUCAUCAAGCAACAUGUCGUGGUCUGAAGCAUCUAGUGGGAACUACUGAUGGCACCGUGGCUGAAAUGGAAUCUUGAGUUAGUUUUAGUUAGCUUUUGGCUUCUAUUUUAUUUAUUUAUCAAGUUUUUGCAAGUUUUAUGGCCAUUUCCGCCAAACCUUGUCUCCCUCAUUUUCUAGCUGGCUGCACCAUGAGUUGAGUUAAUUCACAUCUGCAAUGGCUGCACUUGCAUUUCUUCUUUUUUGCUAUUCAUUUGCCAGAUAUAUUUGAACAGUUUGCCAUGAUAA